AUGGGCUGCUUUGCCAGCAAAAAGCCAGAUCAUGCCAGCCCACAGGAGGAAAAACCGGAAGAGGAAGAUACAGACCAGCUCAUCGAAGCCAUUGUGCAGCGAAUUGUGGGUAUCCGCGCAAAGGCGGAGGAUUACAGCGCGCAGCUGCAAGUCCAAGUCGCGGAUAUUGAAAAUUCGAAGCUUGGUAUUCUGGAAGAGCAGCCUGUCAGAGUCAACGGCAUUGUCACGGUCGGCUACGAGCCAGAAAGUUCUACUCCAGAGGUCCCUUUGCUUCAGGCAAGAGAAGGGCAGGAAAUAGAAAUCUUAGUCCGCGAAAUGGGAGGCUGGUCAUACUGCCGCCGCAUUGGUGACAAGACACCUGGCUGGCUGCCGGCGGACCGCAUAGCCGAGCUGGCACAGCUCAUCGCAGACCACGAAGUGGGUGAUGCAGAAGGACUGUUGAACCUCAAGCUGGGCGAUGUUGUCGAGGUGCAAAUGUGCUACAAUGUGCGGCAUCCACCCGUGAUGAUGUUUGGGCAUCGUUGCCAGCUCGCUUCAAGCUAUUGUGCAUGCAUAGUGCGUGGGACGGCACCCAUACCACAAAAGCCAGAAUAG